GAAGGUCAAACGCUGCCUUCUGCGGCCAGGCUGGUACUAAUGGUUUUCGCAUUAUUGGUGGCACAGAAGCAGACACCUGCGAGUUUCCCUGGAUGGUGUUAAUCUAUGACCAGCUGAAAAGUUCAAUUUGCGGGGGCAGUAUCAUAGACAGCACACACAUCGCUACUGCAGCCCACUGUUUGUUCUCUAGGAACGAAAGGACGAACAUUGUCAGGAAGUCCCGCGCUAAUGAGCUGCUAGUUUUCUCUGGAUCGUCGACCAUGCCACUUAGUGGGACAGAUGUGGAUGGGCUGGUGAGGAGGGUAGUGACUGAAGUCAUCACUCACCAGAGCUACAAUCACACAUCAUUAGAAAACGACAUGGCAAUCUUGAAAUUGUCACAACCCAUCGUAUAUGAUCAAUGCCAUAAGCCUAUAUGCAUGGUUGACGGCAGCAAAGCUCCAGACCAAGCCAGCAAAUGCAGAACCAUGGGAUGGGGUCUAACCUCCAACGGUGCAGAUGCUCAAGCUUCAUCACAGUUGCAGUACGUAGACGUGACGAUAGUUUCUAAUGAUUCUUGUAGAGCAGUUUAUGGAUCCUUGAGUUCCAGCAAAACUUUCUGUGCAGGCAGCGAAGGCAGAGAUUCCUGCCAGGGUGAUUCCGGAGGCCCAUUCACCUGUCAAGGAGACGAUGGCAAGAACUAUCUUUAUGGUAUAGUGUCAGCUGGCAUUGAGGGAAGAUGUGGCAGUCUCGUGGGUAUCUACAGCAAAGUAGCUGCUUUCAUAGAUUGGAUCAAUAGUAAACUACAAUAG